GAUUAGCAAACUUUGCAACUCGAGAAGAAGUGUUGUUACCUGAGUUGCUGACAUCUUUACUCAGAAUGCUUGAUGAAACAAAUGAAUUGGUGAAGACAUUUAGGCGCAUCCGGCAGAAUCUACAAUUGUCUUCAACGCCAAAUCUACGCCUUCAAAUAUUUGGAAUAAAAAUUAGGAAUCAACAAUACGAUCUUCCAACAAGCAGUGAUGUUGCAGCCUUGAUACCGGGAGAUUUUGUUCCCGACAGGGAAGACAGAGAUAUCAUUAUAGAUUAUCAAAAUGGAGGAUUGAAGCGGAUACCAAGUUUGAAUCCAAAAUUCGAGGCGUUGCACUUUCCUUUAUUAUUUCCUUAUGGAGAGGAUGGUUUUCACCCCCAAAUCUCAUAUAACAUUUCCUUCUGUCCUCCAUCAAUGUGGAGGAAGUUUGUUACGCAAAGGGAAUACUAUGCUUUUAGGCUUCAGUAUCGGAUAGAUGAAGGGCAUACAUUGGUCAAGAGUGGAAAAGCACUACAACACUAUUGUGUCGAUGCAUUUUCAACUAUAGAACUCAAUCGAUUGGCAUUCCCCAGAACCCAUCAAAAGGACCUAAGAUCUGAAGUGUAUCAAGGUUUGGAAGAUGCAUUCGCUAGAGGAGAUAUGGACGGUGAAAAACUUGGUCGUAUUAUUAUACCUUCUUCAUACACCGGAGGACCUAGAUAUAUGCAACAACUUUAUCAUGAUGCCAUGGCAACCUGUUAGCACUAUGGAAAUCCUGAUUUGUUCAUUACAUUCACGUGUAAUGCACUUUGGGAAGAAAUUGUUGAGGCUUUUGCAUAUAUGGUGGGUUUAAACAGUGAGUUGAGGCCAAUGGUCGUUUGUCGGGUCUUUCAUAUGAAACUGACCAUGCUCAUUGAUGAAUUCAAACGAGAAUCGUACUUUGGCAAAACAAUAGCAAGUAAGUGUUUUAUACUUGCUUUUAUGUUAUGCAUAUUUUGACAAUGAAGAACCAUAUUUCUGCCCAGCAGUCAUUUAUAGAGAGUGUGUGUUGGUAUAUGCUAAUACAACCAUAUUAGUUCUACCAUUAUUUUUGUGUUAGUCGGUGGAGGUUAUACUGUAAAAUGCACAAAUGGACAUGAUAUUUCUUUGUAAACUUGCAUUAAGUGUUACAAAGUACUAAUGGAUACCCAAAUUCUUUUCUCCAGUUAUUUAUACUGUCGAAUUUAAAAAAAGAGGGCUCCCUCAUGUACACAUGCUUAUAUGGUUAGCCAAAGAGGAUAAACAAUAAACAACCAGUGACAUUGAUGAGAUGAUUACAGCAGAGAUUCCAGAUCCACAUAUAGAUCCAGAAGGAUAUGCAGUUGUGGUAAAGUUCAUGCUUCAUGGACCAUGUGGGAUUGACAACCCUAAAUCUCCUUGAAUGAAAGAUGGGAAGUGUUCAAAGUUCUUCCCCAAAGCAUUCAGCACUGAAACUUCUUUUGACAAGUUUGGAAAUGUAGUCUAUCGACGUAGAGAUUCUGGAGUACAAGUGAAAAAAGGAAGGACUAUGCUAGAUAAUAGAUAUGUCGUUCCAUAUAACAGGAACUUGCUGGUUAGAGCUCAGGCUCACAUUAAUGUCGAGAUAUGUCAUAAAGGAGGAUCGGUGAAAUACUUAUUUAAGUAUAUCACUAAAGGAUCAGAUAGAUCCCUCAUUAUUGCUAAAGAUUCAGUGACUUCAAAACAAGUUCCCUCCACAAAUUCAAAGAAGUCAAAAGAUGAGAUACAAGAAUUCAUCGAUUGUAGAUCCUUAUCCUCUUAUGAAGCUGUGUGGAGGAUCAAUGAAUAUCUUAUUCAUCAUAGGGAACCAAACGUUGUCCGACUUGCUGUACACUUGCAAGGACAACAAAAUGUUCCUUAUAGGAGGCAAUCAAAUGUGAAAAACAUUCUGAAGAAUCCCAAAGCUGGCAAGACACAUCUGACAGCUUGGUUUCAACUUAAUAGACAGGAUCUUGAUGCUAGAAAGUUAACAUAUGCUCAUAUCCCAGGUUCAUACACAUGGAAUGAAGAAUACAAUGAGUGGACCUUGAGGAAAAGAGGAUUUGCCAUUUGAAGAAUUGCUUAUGUUCCUCCAGGAAGCAGUGAUGUCUUUUUCCUUAGACUAUUGUUGAAAAAGGUACAAGGAGCAACAAGCUUUAAUGACUUAAGGACUGUUCGAGGAGAGAUCUGCAGUACUUAUGAAAAAGCGUGUGAAAAAUUAGGUCUCUUAUCUGAUUAUUUAGAAUGGAUAAAGGUUCUUCAGAAAAUAUCAGCUUCAAGCAUGCCAAAUCUAAUAAGGAGCACCUUUAUUUCAAUGCUCAUGUUUUGUAAAAUACCUAAUCCAACUGCUUUGUUCGAGUCAUCUUGGAAACUUAUGGGUGAAGAUCAUGCAUAUUAUCUUCGAAAGCAGCUUCAUUCAAACACAUAUAAGCCCACAGAGGAGAGACUGCGAAAUUGGGUGCUUCAUCAACUAGAAACCUUAUUGGGAUCUUAUGGUUCCUCCUCAAACAGUUUCACCUCCCUAAACCAACAGAUUCACAACCUGAUGAUGGUUCAAAUCCCCUGAUAAACCAACAUUUAAACUUUGACACUGCUCAGCAACAACAAGCUGCUGAAGAAAUGCUUUGCGCACUCAAUGCAAAUCAAUUUGAAGCUUUCUCAGCAGUAAUGCUGUCAGUCAACAACAAUCUUGGAAGGUCCUUUUUCUUAUAUGGGCACGGAGGAACAUGCAAGACAUUCCUGUACAAUGCAAUAAUCACAAAGCUCAAGAGUUUGUCCAAAAUAGUGAUUGUUGUUGCUUCCUCUGGAAUUGCAGCAACACUACUUCCAAAUGGUACAACUGCUCAUUCUAGAUUCAAGAUCCCACUCCACUUGGACAACACAUCAACGUGUUCUAUAAAAAAGGGUACACAUUUAGCUGAACUAAUAUGCGAGGCUUCAUUAAUUGUUUGGGAUGAAGCACUGAUGACACAUCGACAUGAAUUUGAGGCAAUUAGCAGGACAUUUUAUGAUUUGAUGGAGAUUCCUCUAUCUCGAACAUAACAUAAGCUAUUUGGGGGUAAAACAUUUAUUUUAGGGGGAGAUUUCAGACAAACUUUACCUGCCAUUACAGAUUCAGGAAGGGAACAGACAGUUGAUGGAUCGAUCACAAGAUCACCAUUGUGGAAUUAUUUUCAGAUGCUGAGACUUUCGAAGAAUAUGAGACUCAAUGAUUCACAAGAAACAAUGUGAUAGUAGGCUGUGGCCUUAAAUUUGGAGAGUGGGUUCUCGCUCUUGGAGAUGGAAAGCUGGAUACAAAGUCCUUUAAUUCGAACACUCCUUCAGACUGGAUUGAAAUACCAGAAAUGUUUCUGGUGAUUCCUGGAAAAAAUCCACUUCAAUCAAUAACAGAAGAAAUAUAUGAAUCAUUUGCAGAAUGCUAUAAAGACACGAAGUACCUCGGAGGUAGAGCGAUUGUGACUCCAACAAAUGUCGUUGUUACUGAAAUCAAUGAUUACAUGUUGCAGCAGUUAUCAGGAGCAGCCCAUUGCUACUACAGUUACGAUUCCAUGCACCUAGAUAAAGAGGUCCCUGAAUCAUUAAGUGAAACUUAUCCCACUGAGUUUCUAAACACUUUAUCAUUCAAUGGUGUGCCAGAUCACGAGAUAAGACUGAAAGUUAACACUCCAAUAAUAUUGCUCAAAAAUCUAAGCCCCCCAAGUGGAUUAUGCAAUGGAACAAGAUUGAUGAUAACGUCAUUAGGUCAGAAUACCAUCAUAGGAAAUAUCAUGGGAGGAUCCUUUGAUGGAAAACCUGUAGCAAUAUCACGAAUUGUGCUCAACAUUGAGGAAAGAAAAUGGCCAUUCAUCCUCAAGAGACGUCAAUUUUCGGUGUGAUUAUGUUAUGGAAUGACGAUUAACAAAAGCCUGGGACAAACCCUAGACAAAGUUGGAAUUUAUCUACCAAAUUCAGUAUUCAGUCAUGGCCAACUGUAUGUGGCUGUAUCCAGAGUCAGAUCUGCAGCUGGGCUGAGGUUUCUGAUAACAAAUGAAGAGGGUGUUCCAGG